AUGGUCCCGUCGGAGACCUGCAGCAUGUUUCUCUGCCAUGGCCCGCUUUUCAGCGGAAUCGGCAGCCGGAGCACGCCCUCUUCUUUGGCCGCCGUUGACAGUGCUCACCCUCCCCGACUCUUGCUCCCUGUGUCCUGCAAGAUGAGGCAGAGGAAUCUCAGGUUUAUUUGAUGGGCGCUUCAAGUAUUCCUUUAUGUUUUUCUCUUUCACGGUGUUCUUUUUCCUUUUCUUGACUCGUGAGGUUAUUCUUUGAUAUUGCUUCUGCCUAGUCAAUGCGAAAGGCCAUUGGCGUUCUCUUUAUGCAUACUAGAUUAAUUUUCUAUCUUUCCGGCCGUUUGUCCAUUGGUGGAACUCGUACCCGUUUAUUUGACAUGUGACAGAUGGCAUUUCUGAUUCUUCUCUAAUAUGUGGAAGUCAUACCCAUUUUUUAAAUAUGUGAUAGAUGGCUAUUGGACUUGUUUGCAGUCCAUCUUCUUUGAACGUCAUGCCAAGAAGAUUUUCGUACACGAAAAUAUUGUGAUCAUUCUGUCACUUGUCACCAGUUCCACAGAGGGGUUUCCCCAGAAAAACGUGUACUCCUUUGCAUCCCCAACUCAAAUACUUUCAGUUUUUCCCAAAUUAAUUUUUGUCAAAGCACUCCGGUACUGUUUGGAGACACAAUGAUAGAGCCUUUUUUGUUUAGGAUUAUGUUCUUAGUGUGUGAACAGAGAAGGAAAGCUUAUUAACAGGGCUUUCCUCGUGUAAUCCUGUUUUUUAAUUAAGUCGGAUUGCUUUUUUCUUCAGUGAAAAUUUUCAUACACUUUUCAAAAUAUUUCUCUACUAAAAUUUAGUGGAGUUGUGUGAUUCCAUGGAAAAUUAUUGUAUAUUAUGAAUUCGCUUUCCUGUGGUAUGAACUUAUAUUUUUUUUCCCAAUAUUUUUAUGUUGAACGUGUGUUUUAACAGAAUGGGGUCCAGUGGUACCAUCAACAUUUUUGUACAUUUGCAUUCCAAUUUAUAAAUGGUUUAGUUGGAGCACUGUAUAUUUUUUAGUGCUUUUUAUUUUCGAAGUUUGUGAAUAUGAUCAUGAAUUGAGGCAUGUGCAGUUCAAAGGCGAAGAGGCAACAGACUAGAAAGGGUCGUCCUGAUCGCUCACCAUUGAGGGAUGACAUAAUUAAUGGUGAUGCAAGUACGUCGAAAGUUCAAAAUGCUCCUGAUGACUGUGUUUCUAGCUCUCAGUUGGGAACUUCGCUCAGUUCCGUUGUUGCUUCAAGUGCUGGCAUCAACGUGGAUGCUCAAGGAGUUGAUAACAGUUCCUCCCUUGGAGAGAGACAUAUCGUGGUAAUAUUUUGAGUCAAAUGUGUAAAUGUUGCUUUCUAUUUGGUUUCAUAGCUCAAGAGGUAUUAUUUACUGAGAUUAAUCAUUCUCAUGACAUUUGUAUCAAUAAUAAUCUUCAUGUUAAAAGGUUUUCAACUGCUGAUACACUUUCCCCAACACUACUGCCAUAUUUUUCAUGAAACAACUGCAAAAAACAUAAGCUUUUAGAAAUGGAAGCGCUCUACACUACUCUGGAUCUGUUAUUGGACUGUCAAUGUAAAACUGCAGGAUUUUCUAAAAAAAUAUUUGUUGGAUUAGGAAGAGCUUGGUAUCUGAAGAUAUGUUUGUACAUUGUGACUGUUGUGUUCUUUUCUCCCUUUUUUCCAUUUUUCGGGGACUAGUGCUACUUUUUUUAUUUCCACUGCUAGAAUUUCAUGAUAUAAAUAAAUUACAUCUGCUUUUAGUAUCUGUACAGGCUGAGGAAGUUCCUGGGGAAGAGCCGGUUCAAAGAAUAGCUAUUGACGAUUUGACAGCCAUGAUCAAAAAUGCCGAAAAAAGUGGGAAACGUCUCAUCUUUGUUGACAUAAUCAUUUUUGUUACUUUUCUUUCCACUAACCAUUUUAUAACUUCUUUUUUUUAUUAGACAUCCUGCUUCUUAAUCAAGCUCGUAUUAGUGCUCUUGAAGAUCUUGACAACAUUCUCGUUGAGAAGAAAGGUCUGCAUGCCGAAAUUAACAGACUAGAAAUUGAGUUGUCUGAGAUAGGUACACGAAACAAAGUGUCAGUGGAAGAGAAGAUGGACAUGAAUGGUUUUGAAGGUCAGGUUGACGAGGCAAAGGAAGAAAUUUCUUCAGGGAAGAGUUUCAUGAAAAUGGAAAGGAGCAAACAUUUCAAUGCGGAUGGGACAUUCACUGAUAUUGACUUUCUUUCUCUAAAUGAGGAACUCUGUUCUUUAAGAGAAGAAAAUAUGUCUUUGAAGGAUGAUAUAAAUAUACUAAAAAAAAAACUCUCUGAUAUUAAGUCAGCUGAUGAACGUGUACUGUUGAUUGAGGAAAAACACUCUUUCUUGGAGAGUGCUGUUAAAGAACAGGAAUCGGAUGCUACAGAUUCUGUUUCAAAACUUGCAACUCUAGAAAACGAAUGCAGCAAUCUACGGCGAAAGGUAGAAAAUUUGCAGAUGUUGCUUGAUAGUACAACAAAGCAGGCUGAUCAGGUUGCUGAACUCCUUCAGAAAAAUGAAGAGUUGCAGAGGAAAGUUGAAAAAUUAGAAUCAUUUUUAAAGGAAGAAAAUGGAUAUAAAAUUUCACUGGAGAGUACUAAAAAACAUAAUGAGCUUCUGCAACAAAAAGUAGAAAUUCUGGAGGAACGCCUUCAAAUUUCUGAUCAAGAAAUUGACUCUCACAUUGAAUUGUAUCAGGCAUCAGUUAAGGAAUUUCAGGAGACACUCAGUAGCUUAAAAGAAGAAAGUAAGAAAAGGUCCGUUCAAUUAACAUCAGAUGAUAUGCCAUGGAAAUUUUGGAGUCAUUUAUUGUUGACCCUGGAUGGCUGGUUUCUUGAGAAGAAAAUAUCCAUUGAUGAUGCAAAAUUGUUGAGGGAAAUGGCAAGGAAGAGGGAUGUCCGAAUUCGUGAUGCAUACAUUGCAUGUAAAGAUAAAAGUGAUAAUGAAGCUGUGACUAUUCUCCUCAAUUUGACAAAAUCUCUAAAAAGGUCUGUCCUCUAUUUCAUCAUAAAUGUGCUUAUCUACCAAGUGCUAUGCCAUUCAAGCCUUUCAUAUGAUUCUUGAUGUUUAUCAUUCUUAUAGAUUUGACAUGUGAUAUUUUGUAAUCACAGUUCCGGACUUCAUAUUGUUCAUAUUGCCGCAGAGAUGGCACCAGUUGCUAAGGUAUGUUGAGCCUAAAAUUGGUUUUUAUUUUUGUAGGCAUCAAGAUAACUCUCUUUUAAAUGGUGAAGGUUAUUAACUCUUAGAUUCCCCCCUGUUUAUUUUCCAUGACUUGUUACGUACAGAAUGACUUAAUAGAAGUUCCUAGUUGCUCAGCCUUUGUGCAUUCCUUUAGAUUCAAGAAGUUUUUGAUUUACUUUUAAUACAGAAAUCAAAAUAUUAAUUUAUACUUCCAUGUUUUCUACGUUCGUUGGUAUCUGCUUUUUCCAAGAAUGUCAAUAAUAUCUUAUCCCUUGAAAACUGAUGUCCAUUUUGGUAACUUACUUUAUUUUUGUCAAUAAUAACUUUCGUUAAUACAUCAAUCCUGUAGCUUUUUGUUUGCAAGUGAUACCCUGUAAGAGUUGGCUAUAUUUUAAGUUAAACAAUGUUAUGGAUGCACUAGAGCAAGUUUUCGUCCUUGCAGAUUAGGCCACAGACUAACAGCUGUACACUUAGGGUCUGUUGAUCAACAGCCUUGCUGAGAACUUUGCCCCUCACUAGUUCUUGAUUAUUAUCUUGAUCUACUGACUUCGAUUGGGAUCAUCUACAGCAAUUCCAAUUUAAAGUAGAAAAUUUGUCUCCCUUGAAAUUAUGAAAAGAAAAUUUAAAGUUAUUGGGUUUUCCAAAAUGAAUUUUUCUGUUGCAACUGAACGGGGAGGGGAAGAAUGAUGAUAAAAGAAAAAGAAACUGGAAGCUGCUUUGGUGAAAUUGCGAUAUGAUUUGUCGGUGAUUUGGGUUAAUGAAGGGUAAAAUUUCUUAACAAAAGGUCAUCUGAGACCCUUGUCUUUUCAUCUUUUCUUAUUGAAAGUUAUUUAUCCAUUUCCAUGGAAUUCCGAAAAUAGGUCUUCGUUUUACGUUUUUUUUUCCUAAUCAGCGUUUUCCCUAUGUAUCAGAUGAUUGAUUUGGCUGAUCCGAACCAAUGUAAGUUAGGUUUGGGCUAUGAUCCGACCUCAAACUCUAUUUAGAAUUGUUGGUACAGGAUUUUAUGAGAGAAUUUUCCUUCUUUGUUCAUGUGACAAUGUGUGUGAUUAGUUAAGAUUGAAGCCUUUACUAAUGCUACCAUGCUAUUGAGGCUGGGCCAAGAUGAUCAUGCUCUGUUAUUAUAAUGAGGUCUAGCUGUCAGAGAACUGAGGUAACUAGAAAACCAGGAACCAAGAAAAUAUGUUUGAUCGUUUCGCUCAAAAUAAGAUGCAGAUCCAAAUCUCAUAUCCAAAACUAAGCACCUUGUAGAUACUAUAUCCAUUCUGCUCUGAAUCAUCACAUCUAUUGUAGAACAACUUAUGAACACCAUUUUUUUUUAUUUUCGUCAGUUUCUUUGUAACAUCUUGUAACAGGCAAUGCUUUAAAGUUCAAGUGCGAAUUUAUAACUUCUGAUAAGUGGGAAAUUUGCAACUAUUACCAUAUUCUGGUUCUGUGAUUUUUCCAUUUUUUUCUUUCUUCAUUCUUUUUUUUCCCUUUUAGGUUGGAGGUUUGGGUGAUGUUGUUUCUGGUUUAAGUAAGGCGCUUCAGAAAAGAGGUCACCUUGUUGAGAUUAUUCUCCCAAAGUAUGAUUGCAUGAAUCACGAUCUUAUUAGUGAUCUGAAGGUAUGAUAACAAUCACUAAAGGGUUUCUUAGCUGUUUAUAUUUUUUAUUUCAGCUUUUUCUGUUUUUCAAGUAGUUAUCCCUGUGACAUAAUGAUCUUACCAGGAGUCACACGUAAGUAACGAGGGGGUUCGCGCCUGUACGUGUUUAGUGUGGUUUUUGGGGAUAUCAAAUCCUUUUCAAAGAAAUACAAUAAGCUUUUUUUGUAUAAAUAUUAUUUACAUUGACUUGUAAAGGCUAUUUUUCCAGGAACUGGAUAUGACAGUACAUUCUUACUUUGAUGGACAGCAAUUCGGAAACAAAAUCUGGGUUGGGAUUGUUGCAGGUUAAGAUACAGCUUUGUUUAUUUUCGUUUUCUUCAAAAUAUCAUAUGAGUGAUCACUGAUUACAUUUCUUGUGUUGCAGGACUUCCGGUAUAUUUCAUUGAACCUCAUCAUCCAGGGAAAUUUUUCUGGCGAGGGCAAUACUAUGGAGAGCAUGAUGAUUUUAAACGUUUCUCUUUCUUUAGCCGUGCAGCGCUUGAAUUACUUUUUCAAUCCGGAAAGAAACCAGAUAUUAUUCAUUGUCAUGAUUGGCAAACAGCUUUUGUUGUAUGGCCUGCUCAUCAUUUUCACUUCAUGCGCAAUAUGAAUCUUUGUUCUUGUAUGGCCCAUAGUCCUUUCUUUUAAUUCUAUAUAAUUUUUUCUUUUCAGCCACCACUUUACUGGGAUGUUUAUUCAAGCAAGGGUUUCAACUCUGCUAGAAUUUGUUUCACAUGCCAUAAUUUUGAAUAUCAGGGUGUAUCCCCUGCUUCGGAGUUGGCAUCUUGCGGUCUUGAUGUUCAUCACUUGCAUAGACCAGAUAGAAUGCAGGACAAUUCAUCUCAUGAAAGAAUCAAUCCUGUAAAGGUGGGCAAAAUGAAUCUUCAAGAAAAUGGCGUAUGCUAUUUUUUUGGUCAUUGUUUCAGGGUAUUAAACUUUCCUACUUCUUCAGGGUGCAGUUGUGUACUCUAACAUUGUCACGACAGUGUCACCAACUUAUGCUCAAGAGGUUCGGACUGCAGAGGUACAUGUUUUGACGCUUAAAUAGAUGCGUAACCAUGAAGUGGCACAUAUAUUACCUCGUGAUUUUUAUUUUUUGUUAUUUUAUCGUGAGAAGAUUUUGUUUCUGUUCUACCGUCUCUUUUAAGCAAUUGGCCUUCUAGGGAUUCUUUUGAUUUUUAGCUUGCACCAUUUGGAUUCUUUCUGCUAUACUGUCACAAUGGUUUCACAAAAAGCCGAUAUAUCUAUGAGUCUACUUGGGUGUUCCAGCAGUCGGACUAUUUUUCAUUUUAAUGUAUUAGUUUUUAAUCAUUUAGAAUAUGGCCCUAUAUACCCUCUCAAGCCUCUUCAACUGUGAGGUCCAAAAAGGAAGCUGUGGUGCCUCAAUCAUGUAUUUGUUCCCUUCCUCUGAUUCCUCUCUUUCUGCACCUCAUUAGGUCACGUCCCCACAAAUAUACCCUUCCCCAUUUUAGAUGGAGCUGUUCCUUCCAUUGACGGUUGAGAUAGGUUUUAAUAACCUUGUGAAUGGAUAUAGAUAUCUGCUUAUCUCAGCAAAGUGUUUGCUCUGUACCUUGUGAAUGGAUAGGUUUUAGCACCCUUAGUGCACUGAUCUCCAUCCUCGUUGUUCUUUUGUGUCCUCUUUCCUCUCAGCCCUCUUCCUACUUAUUUUGAACUACCUGAUCCUUCCUCUGCGGCUCCACUUCAUCGCUUUGCAUUCUGGUGGUCUCCAACUUCCUAUUAUCAUCACUGCUUCCUAACAUUUACUCAUCUCUCCCUCUCUCUCCAUCUCCAUCUAUCUUCUGCCAGUGACCGCUGCAACCACAGCAGGAGAGAGAGAGAGAGAGAGAGAGGAUGGAGGGAUUGUUUUUAAAAUUGUUGCUACUCCCACCUAUCUUGGUGUGGUAGUGAGGCUAUGUUGACUACGAUGGAUGUUUGCUCCUGCUGACUGUUAAGGAUCUUUUGAACUGUCUAGGCUUAUCUCACAACAUAAGCACCAUCGAUGCCCCCCAUUUCUUUAGAGUUUUAUCUCCGCUGCAUGCUACUCUAAUUUCAAGUCUAUCUCUGCUGCUUCAGCAUUACUCCAAACAUCUUCUCUAGCUUCAUCUUUGGAGUUUACUACUUUGGCCUUCCCUAUCCUUACUUCUGCUGCAUCUAUUUUGUCAACUUCAACUUUGGCCUCUACUGCUCGAAGCUCAGCUUUGAUGCCUAUUACUUUAGCUUUAGCUCUGGUAUACUAUUUACUGUUUUGUCUAUUUUUUAGUUUUCUACAACUUAUCUAGCUAAGUCCAACGAACUAAAUAUAUUUUCUUAGUUUGAUGAUCAUUGAUGAGCCUAUUUGGACAUCACCUAUUUAUUUGUGUAUCUUAAUAGAAUAUCAUUGUCCAAUGUUAUUGUGUCAUUGGGUCAUAUAGGGUAUGGGUCCGGCAGGGCCAUAUUAGGUCUCUUACUGUUUUGCCACUUCGUUCUCUACAUGUAAAUAGGUGAGGAAGGGGCACGAAUUUAACUUGAUUAUCGCUCUUAACAUUCAUCACUAGAAAUUGGAACUAGAUAAUAUCUUUUUUUUAAAAAAAUGAAUCACUAAAGUUCAUAUUAGCAUCCACCACGACAUCAUUUUCUUGCUUUUUGUAUUCUAUUUUAAGUUAAUAAAAGUUUUUUGUAGAAAUUUAUCUGAAGAUAUUAGUAAGGGAAUUGAAGUUACUGCUUUGGAGAUGUCUAUCCUGUAACAAACUGAUAUGUACUUUAGUGGACACGUCUAUCCUUGAUUUUAGUCUGUUUACUGGAGGAAAGUGCCAUAGAGUUGUCAUAAGAUUCUGAUCACUUUUUCGAUGGAUUUCUCUUUCAAGGGAAAUGAAGCUACUAUCAUGGAAAGAUUCAUCAUGCUUUUUAGUUUGUUAGAUCAAUGUUUUUUUUUAUUUGUAACGCUCAUUAUUACUUGUGCCCGAAAAACAGUGCCUAAAAAUAACAAGUUUUUGCUAUCAAAUUUAGCGCUGUACCUUAUAGCGACUUUAUAUUAGCGUUUAAGAUGUACUCCCAAAUUCGAACUAGGUUUAAAAUGUUCAGGUGUUCGUCACAGGGGGGACGAGGACUUCAUGAAACCUUGAACUUUCACUCUAGGAAGUUUGUUGGAAUCCUAAAUGGAAUAGAUACAGAUGCAUGGAAUCCGGCGACCGAUUCUUUUCUCAAAUAUCAAUAUAGUGCUGAUGAUCUCCAAGCCAAGGAAGAGAAUAAAGCAGCCGUAAGAAAGCACCUCGGCCUUUCUUCAGCAAAUGCGUCUCAACCACUGGUAAGCGUUGCCUUAUACCCUGGAUUAGUAUGUAACAUUUGGUUUUCUGAUCCGUUAUUGUACAUUUAUUCUUGAGCCACAUAUUUUCUUACCUUUUUGAAAUGCAAUUGCUCUAAGCAACAAGUUAUCUGCAUCUAUUUGUGUGAGUGCUUUUUUAACAUGCCAUUGAACACAUGGUCUGCUUAAAGUCUCGAGAUUGGUCAUUUUCAUAUGAUAACUAGAUAACUGUUGGUAGGAUUGUCCUUCUUUCUGUCAUAAUCCUUCUAAAAGGACGAAAUUCUUUCAGUUCUGACCUCAACUGUACGUAGAUUUUUUAGGCCACUGCAUAGAUUAGGUGCAGAAGAUAGUUUCACAUUAAACACGAGUGAUAUUAUGGUAAGAAAAAAGUCAUUGGUUACCUUUUCUAUUGAGGAAGCGCCUAUCAUAUAUGCGUCUCCACAAGUCCAUCAGGGUCAUCGAAUUAGAUCUUAUUUGAACUCUUGAUUCAAAAGACAUGUUACAAUCUCUGAUCUAAAAUCUCCUGUAUAAUCCACGGUUUAUUCAACAUAUACCAUAUAUGCAAAGUUGAGUAUGAUGUACCCGUCGAUGUUUCAUGGAGCUCUUUGAGCAUCCUCACAUAAAUGGAUAGUACACCUCAUCUAGUCGAUAUAAUUGGAGGAUCGUAUUGGGGAUGGAAAGUGGAGGUGGGGGCUGGGGUUGCCUUGUUAAUUGGUCACUGCUUGAUACUUUCCCCUCUUUUGAUGGCUUCUUCUUUCCAACAGUAUACAGGACUAUGGUAGAAUACAGAGCUACUAAAAAAAUUCUCUUUCAUGUAUUAAUUUUUCACAUGGACGAUGUGAAAAACUGUCAUUGACAAUAGGGUGAUUGGAAAAUAAUGUGACUUGUCUUCAAUGUGAUCCCUUAUGCCAUUUGAAAUAAGAUGGCUAAUCAGUCUUUUUCAUAAACAGAGUUGCUAAGAGGGUUUCAGUGCGAGAGAGUGGGUUAUGCCAAUCUGUAAUGAGGAAGGACGGUAUUCCUUGAUCCUCUGAGGAUUGAGGUUUUAGUAGGUUCUUCUUCAUUAUCUUGUUGUAGACUUCAAAGAUUUUCUGUGGAAGCUUUUCCCAGAAUCCUCGAUGUAUAAUCUAUUCUAAAUAUUCCAUGAAUAUGUGGUACUAUCCAUGCAGUAUUGUAGUUCUUGUGCUGUUGAAUAAUCUAUAUAUUUGAACUGUGCCAUAGGGUUCUGAUUGGCAAAGGGUUGAUGAUAUUGACAUUUAGAGUUGAUGAGGCCUAGCAAAAGACCUAAAAAGGAUGAAGGAAGACGAAGACAAAGAGGAAAAAGGAAGAAAUAUUCCCUUAUAAGGUGGGGUACGAACUGGAGAGUCGGUCAUCUCUUCCCGCUUCCACCGUCGGUUUUUCUACUCAUGCCUUAGAGUUACAUCGAAAAGACAUUUAGCCCCCGUUUACCCCCAUCUUCUGAAGAAGUACCUGCCGUAGUCCAAUAAAAGGUGAGAAAAGGGAUAUUGUCCGCAGCAAGGGGGAUGGUCCCACCCACUAAAACGGACCGGUCCACAUAAUGAACCAUAGCCUAAUAAGCCAUGCUCAACAAGAGUGUUUAGUAAUUAUUCUAGAGCUGAAUAUUUUAAGUGGCUAACAUCUAAAUAAUGUUUUUUUGCAGAUUUGAUGUGCUUUAGAUGUAUUUUACCUUCAAAUAGCUCAUUUAGUCAUUGAAAAUUUCUCCAAUGGAGUCAAGGGGCUUGAAGUACUCUGACAACAGAACUAUAAUUUUUCCUAACUCAUGAAAAAAAUUAAAAUGCUUUUUCUGCCUGAAACAGAUUACUGAAAAGUUGGGUAGCAUGACUGUUUUACCCUGUUUUGGCUUUCAAUGGAUUGCCCAGUUUAGUGAAACCCAGACUUGGAAGUUUUCCAUGUCAUAACCAUGUCAUAAAUCCAGUUCAAUGGAUUUACCCUGAUUAUUCAUUUCCAUGUCAUAAUGGCAUGCAGGAAGGUGGAUGGUUAAAUGUUAGUUUUAUAUAAUUCUUCAUUUGUUAACCUUAAUUUCCUGAUGUGCAAACAUCAAUGCAUAUGUGUGUUCUGCAGCUUGUAGUUCUGGAUGACUUGGUUACUUAACCAGUAUUUAUUCAAUAAAAAAUAACAUGUAACUUGAUGCCUCGGAUACUUUAGGUCAUUUUAUGAUAAUCUCGUGAAUGUUAAAUUUGUCUUAUUAGAAAGAUUUGCAAUCUGCAAGAAAGUUAGUAAAAUGUUGUUAUUGUCAACUCCUGAAAAUGGCAUGGCUAGUUCGUGUCUAAACUAAUAUGGAAAUCCCAGCAUGAUGUUUUCAAUAUCAUUGCAUCCAUUCGAGAACUAAUGCUCAGCAGCUUAUUGUUUACUAGUAUAAUGCUUUUGGAGUCCUUUAAUAGACCACCUGCCACUUAUUGGCAUGGUUUUAGUUGUUCACUACAUGAAAUGAUUUUUUAAUUUAAAUUCCAAGUGACACAACUUUUUUACUAAUGGCAUUUAUCAUGUUCUUUUGUAUGUUCACUAAUGUUCGUAACUUUCUUUGGAAUUCUGGAGUAGGUUUGUUGCAUUACGAGAUUGGUUCCUCAGAAGGGUGUACAUCUUAUCAGGCAUGCAAUCUAUCAAACUUUGGAGCUAGGGGGGCAAUUUAUACUUCUAGGAUCAAGUCCAGUUACUCACAUUCAAGUAGCUCUCUAAUCCUCAUUGUUGUAAUCAUUCUUAAUUUUGCGACUGAUAGUAUUUUCAGCAAGUAUCAAGUCUUCAAUGUGGGUGAAUAUUUACCGAUUUCAUAUAUUCAUUUCCUAUUUAUAUUGCGUCCAAAAAUGAAUUACUGACAUUAACUAGUGACAUGAAAAUCUAGAAUUCUGUCAUCUUUUCUUGAAUAUUCAUCUAAUGGCGUAUACUUGAUAUCAGAAUUUCAUUCUUUCGGUCAUUUCAGAUAGAUAAGUUUAGCAUUUAAUCACUUAAGUUACGAUGCCAACUUUGUGGGAUCCCUAUGUUUACAAUUGUGCUCAGCUACUAUUUAGUAACUGUACAGAUAUAUUGUAUUGUUUUUAAGAUGCCCACGCGGAUCUAAGUUUAAUGAGGCAGUGAUUCACUUAACAUAAGUUCCACUAUCCAACAUAAUCCAUAAUAUUAUGAAAUUUAUAGUGCAGGGAUUGUAUGCAAUUAGUAUGCCCAUCUGAAUGGAUCAGGCUCUUGUUAGCUCUCGCUUUUUAGCAGCUUCAAUAAUUUAAAUUAGACGUUUUACUCCACGCCUGCAAACUCAAUUGAUUGUUAGUCAUCUCUUGAAGAUUAGACGAUGUGAUCAUUAAAGGAUACUAUUUUUUUUUGAUAAAAAUUUGCGAAUUUCAACUUUGAAUUCAUUCAAACACUCUAAUGUGGAAAAAUCUCUUACAUUUUUCUCCAGCCUUUUCUCCGAAGCCACUGGUAUUUUUUUCAAAGCCUCUAGUUACAGAAAUGCUAGAUAACGGAAUAAACUGAGAAUGUCCCAAAUUCACUCCUCACGGUUUGGUAGACUUUAUGAAAUGAUGGAAAGCACUGCUCCAGAUAGAAAGCACGACUCCCCAAACCAGAUAGUUCACGAUUUGAUGAUGGUGUCCAGCAAAAGUAGGUUGGUCAGAAAUAACUUUGGGUGUGGUAACUGUGCUCCGAAGAGGGGGUGGAGAGCGAGAGAGCGAGGGGAAGAGAGAGAGAGAGAGAGAGAGAGUUUGUUAGAGGGUAGGGACAACCUGAACCUCAAACAACUAUUUUGAGCAAAGAUGAAGGGUGCAGGUGGAUGGUAACUUUAGAUUUAUGUAUAAUGCUUCAUAUUAUAUGUAUGGACUUGUGAGUGAGUAUGCAUAAAAGUGAUGGGACCAAAAAUAGGCCAGGGACAACUGUGUGAAAUGUUUAUGGUGAACGUGAUGGAGCAGAAAUGGGUACAGGAUGGAUAUCACUUUCUGCACUGUUUAUUAAAAAUCAGCGCUGUGACUUCUUUUACCAAAAUGCUGAAAUAUCCACACUCCAUUACAUUUUUUGUGCCUUAUUUUGGUUCUGAAAUGUAUCUUGACACCACUUAUGCAAGAACUAAUUUUGCUCAAAGUCUAGAUAUGUUUCUUUCACGCACUUUUGACUGAAUUUUUUUUUUACUUGAUGAGCUUGAUAAUGUGAUAGAGGAAUCCCUCUAUAGACUGAUAGAGGGAUAUUCCCGGCGUAUUCUUAUAGACUGAUUUUGUGAGCAGCUUCAAAUGCGACGGAAAUAGGCUAAUAUUGGAUCAUUUCUUUUCUCCAGUUGUACAUAGUUGAAGCAUGCUCUCUAGUUCAUCAGCAUGUAGAAUAAUCGGAGUGUGGAUGUCGAAUUGUGGAGGCAUCUUUGCUUCGAGACUUUGAAACUGAAACUUGUAUUAAUGGUAAAAAAGAAAGUUGUGCCGUCAAUUUGCAGUGUUUAUGCUCUUCUAUUCUUUGUGAAAGAUGGAAAAUUUCAAAUUCAAGCUGUUAUUUUGGUAGUGUUUUAUGGGCUUUCUGUAAAGUGACAUAGGAAUACGAUUUUCCUUAUGAUAAUAUUGUCACAGUUCCAUCAAGUGAGAAAGUACCAACCUUUUGAAAGUUGAGUUUACGAAUCUGAGUGGAGUUUCCAUUUGAAGAAUCUAUUUUGGGCUUUCAUUUUGUCCUCAAGAGAGCUGCACUAUGCUGGAUUUUAUUAUUGCCAUAAACUCUUAAUAUAUACUCAGUGUUACACAAGAGUUACAUUUCAAUAAAUGUAUCUCUACAUGUAAUCUUUAGGAUCAAAAUGUAAGUUUAUCACAAAAUUCUCAUGUGAAAGUAAUCUUGUAACCAUCUCUUUUGGUGCUUCGCAAAUAAUUAUUUGAGUUGCAGCACGCAAUGUGUCUUUUAAGUAUCAUCAAUAUUUGGAUUCUGUCUUUCCCGCCUUGUUAUUGUAGAAGGGACUUUUAUAUGUUCUCCUUGAGCAUAUUAUUAUUUCAUCAACUAAUCUUUCUCUCUGAAAUUUUCAACAGAGGGAGUUUGAAGAAAUUUCAAAUCACUUCCAGAACCAUCCUCAUGUUCGGCUGAUAUUAUCUUAUGAUGAUGCGCUUUCCCAUGCUAUUUUUGCCGCAUCAGACAUGUUUGUCAUUCCAUCCAUUUUUGAGCCCUGUGGCCUCACCCAGGUAUUUAUUGUGACGACUUCAAUGAAUUAGCUGAAUCAUAGUUGGCAAUAAACUUGAAGUUCUAUACUCAGUUUCUAAUAUCCCAGAAUAUUUUUUUGUAGAUAUUACAACCUGAGACUUAAUUUAGAUCUCAACCACUAAUUUUAGCAUUUAUGAAUCUGUAGAAGUUAGAUCCUGGGUGUCUAGAAGAGUACCGGGACAGUUAAAAGAAUUUUAAUAAUUUGAAGGAUAGUGAGAAGACACUCACCUAAUGUCAUGGGAAACAACCUAAAUGGCUAGGUGAGUGCCUAGUUAUCAAUUUACACAUUGUUGAUAGUUUGAACGAUUUUCCUUUUUGUGUGCUUCUUUUUAGCUUAAAGGCGUAAUCCACUUUAAAAAAACCUUAAAUAUUUGUCUGUCUCGGGAAGAUGCAUGUGAAAAAGUUAUAAAUAACUUAUUAUUACCAAGCCUAAGGUUUGUUAACUUGCUACUAGUCGCAUUUCUUCGGAGAUGUGAUUGAUUUGUUCAUUGAACUUCAAAUUACUGUGUGGGUGAGUAAAAUCGCACGAAUGCUGCCAAUAUUAAGGCCUAAAAUAAUUGACAUGGUAGGACUCGGUGUCAUUUCUAACACAGUUAUUGUUGGAAAUGGCUUUUGAUCUUGACAGAUGAUCGCAAUGAGAUAUGGUUCUGUGCCCAUUGCGAGGAGAACUGGAGGCCUAAAUGAUAGGCAAGCGAACAUUCUUACCCAUCUGUAGCUGACACCCAUCUUUCUGUACCCGAGUACGACUUACCCACAUCUUCUUCCAGUGUCUUCGAUGUGGACGAUGACGCAAUCCCAGUACAAGUCCGCAAUGGUUUCACCUUUCUUGUACCUGAUGAGCAGGUAGAAUCCACGUUUCAGAUACUAAUUCUCCUAUUCACCCAGUACGAUCUUGACAUGCUACACUCUUCACCAUUGAACAGGGGCUGAGCGGUGCCAUGAAACGAGGAUUCAAGCUUUAUAUGAGAAAUCCUGAUGCCUGGAGAGAUCUUGUCCAGAAGAACAUGGCAAUAGAUUUCAGUUGGGAUUCUUCUUCUGCACAGUACGAACAGCUAUACGAGAACUCCCUCGCCAGAGCACGGAAAUCCAGCCGAGAGAACGAUUCGUGA